AUGCCUUUUCACCCCGAAAUUCCUUGCCCCCCCAAAUUUCCCUACCCUCCAAUUCUCUUCCAAGCUCGUAAAUCGGCAUUUCAACCUUAUUCUUCAACUCCUUUCACCAUUCCUUCAUCCCUCGCCCCAUCCCACUCUCCAAAUAGGAGUCUGUUUCCACAGACAGCCUUUCGAUACGACGUACCCAAAGUCGAAAGAUGGGAUGGUAAGUCGGCGAAGUCUGGUCAAUCAAAGUUUUCGGCAAGGCCGAAAGGUUGCCCAAUUAUCGAAGAAGAUAAUGGGUCAAUGGAUUAUUUGUGGAGGUCGAAAGUAUGCCCGACUAUCAAAGGAAGGUGCGAGUAUUUAAGACCGUUAUUAGAUAGUGCUCCCGAAACAAUUUCUCAGAGACCGGCACAAGGGGUCAGUAUUUACCUGCGUCAAGAUCAAUAUGAAUCAAGGUCUCGCGCCAAAGGGCAUGAACGCCAGCAACAUAAUUCAUACCACUCGAAUGCCUCCGAGACAAGUUAUCAGGACAACAUUCGUACCCUUAGCAUUAAUAGUAUAAUGAAAGCUAUCAACGGAAGUAAGGGUGAUGUUGAAAGUGAGCAAAGCGAGAAUUGA